GAGCUUGUGGCGGGACGGACUUCACCGGUGCACACGCAGUGAACUUUCACCCCUUACACUGGCUCUUUUAUUGUUUUGAUUUAGCAGGUUGUCUUUUCUUUCAAGUGGCUCCGCUGAAACAAGGAUUUAAAACCAGUAGUGCUGUAGAGGACUUACUCUAACGCGUACAGGCGAUGUAAAUAAAGACCAGUGUCGACCGGAUAUUGGCGUUUCUGUUUUCUAAGAUGUUUCCUCCAAGAUAAGCUAACGUUAGCUGUGUGGCUAACGUAAGUUAGCGUACGUAGCUUUGGCAACAACAUGACGAGGAUGAUGAUGAUGAUGAUGAGGAGGAUGAGGAGGAGUGUGUAGGAGCGACCGACCAGACAUCGGAUCGCGCCGAUUUCCUGCUUGUCAAUCACAGAUCUCCGGGAUUAUAUUGUCUUUGUGUCUGGACAGCCACAACACGGCUUUCAAAGCAAACAAACAAACAAACAAACAAACAAACAAAAGUGGUUACAUUAAACCAACAAGUUAAUCUUCGAGGAGGUAAGUUAGUUCAUUUCCGGAGCUCACGCCUUCAGUAAUUGUGGUCGGUCGGACGUUUGCAUCACUUUCUUUCAAUGGGUGAAGAAAAGCCGGACACGCUUGACUUUGUGAAGGACUUCCAGGAGUAUCUGAGUCAGCAGACUCAACAUGUCAACAUGAUAUCGGGCUCCGUCAGCGGCGUCAAGGAGGCUGACGAGCUGCCGCCAGACUGCAGUCAGAAUGGACUGGAUCACCCCUCAGUGGACAUGUCACUGGAGGACAGCUCAGGGAUCCUGGUAGAUGGUUUCGAGAGGACCUACGACGGGAAGCUCAAGUGCCGCUACUGCAACUAUGCCACCAGAGGCACAGCAAGACUCAUUGAGCACAUCCGAAUUCACACAGGAGAGAAACCUCACCGCUGCCACCUCUGCCCGUUUGCCUCAGCCUACGAGCGCCACCUGGAGGCCCACAUGCGGUCGCACACCGGCGAGAAGCCUUAUAAGUGCGAGCUGUGUUCAUUCCGCUGCAGUGAUCGUAGCAACUUGUCGCACCAUCGCCGCCGACGCCACAAACUCCUGCCAAUGAAAGGUGCUCGCUCACUCUCCCAUAAGAAGAUGCUGAGUGUUUUACAGAAGAAGGCCAGCUCCCUGGGCUACGGCCGCCGACUCCUCAUCAACUUCAGCCCCCCUUCUAUGGUGGUGCACAAGGCUGACAAUGUGAACGACUUCUCCCACGAGCUGCCCCAUUUACGUCAGGAGACCUAUGAUAAUCAGAGUCGAGCAGUUGAGGAUGGGCACUCCGCAAAUCAAAACCACCAUCACCAUGAUAUGGUUAUGGAUAACCCCCUGAACCAGCUGUCCACCCUGGCAGGCCAGUUGGCCAGCCUCCCUUCAGAGUCUCAGGCCCAGACUCAACCUCCCAUGUCUCCAGGAGCAGAGUCUAUCGUCGAUGAGAAGCCCUUCCUCAUCCAGCAGCCGCACCCUGCCACAGCUCCCGUGGCCAGCAUGGUCCAUGCCUCAUCCUCUUCCCCAAUCACCCCAGAGCCCCGGGCUCCUCCGCACAGCAGUUGCAGCCCUGGAGGGGGCCCCUGCAGCGAGCACAGUGGGCGCACCAGCACCCCUAGUAUCUCCAACAGCCAACCCAGUACGCCGGCUCCAGGCCUGUCCGCUCCACUCCAGGACCCCCACAUGCUGCAUCACUGCCAGCACUGUGACAUCUACUUCCCCGACAACAUCCUUUACACCAUCCACAUGGGUUGCCAUGGCUACGAGAACCCAUUCCAGUGCAACAUCUGCGGCCACAAGUGCAAGAGCAAGUAUGACUUUGCCUGCCACUUUGCCCGCGGGCAGCACAAGUAACGGACGGAUAAGGAAACCUUUGAAAGAACUUUUAACGGACAACUUUGUUUUAUUAAUUCCAUAGUAAUUUUAUUUAUUGGUCUUUUACUUGGCCUUGAUGUAGCCUAGCCUUUGAAAGUUGUACUUAUACAGGAAAACGUCAACAUUCAGAUGGUUUGUAUGGUGCCCAUUCAAGUGUAUUAUAAAGGGAUGAUCAGUGUUUUCAACAGGUUGAGAAUUUAUUUGUGGUGGUGGAGUUACACUCACAUGCCGUCAUAAAUCAGAAAAUCUACUUACUUAACCUUAUUUAAUGUCGUAGAUUGCCAAAUUCACAAUAUACCUUGAAUUUUUGAAAGUUUGUUAUUGUUAAACAUAAGGCUGUUGUUGGAGGCUGAUGUUUCCCCUAGGAACACAAAUGUAACUGACUGGCAAACUUUCAAAUGCAAUACCAUGCUAACUAAACUGGUUUUCACUGUUCCUAUCUAAAGCAAAUGUAGAUGGGUACAUUUUAAAUGGCCACAAAUCAGACUGAGGAUGAAUGAAAACCAGUGGCCAUUGGAAGGAAAUCAUCAGAAAAGUAAAACCAACGUAUUAAUAAAUAAAGCGAUAACAGUGCUGCUAAGGGCAGAAUACAUACUAUACACAUGUAGUUACCAAAUGUAAACAGGAAAAACAUAUGACUGUAGUUCACCUGUGCCUGCCAUCACAGUUAAGGGGGGAGGGCUCACUCUCAACAGCAUGUCCCUUUUUUAUAAUAAUACACCAUGCAAACAAAAAAAAGCCUUUUCUAGGGUAACUCUGAGUGGGCAGCCCAAAUAAAUUCUCAACACUCCUGGAGCUUUAUCAGAAGAUUGCUCUGAUGAUACUAACACAGGAGGGAAACUGUUGGCCUAGAGAGAUCUUACUUAAGCCUUGUUGAAAUUAUUUCAGUGCUUGGUGCAUUACUACUAUUUCUUUGCAGUGCCUGACAUAGUCACUUUCUUGUGUUUCCAAGAUAGAGAGGACUGUUAUUUUGAAGAUUAAUGGAUAUUAUUACAAUAUCCUCUUCUUACUGUAAUGGGUAGGCCCAGAACCUUAGGAAAAAAAGUGUGGCCAUUGUAGUUUUCAAUGGUAGCAAUGAUUUUUAUUUUGCCAAAAUUCUGCUCCAUGAAUGCUGCUAAGAAACUUUGGGAUCAAAACUAUAUGGAUGGCAUCCACUGUAAAACCUGGCCAAACUUUGUAUCAGUGGUUUUUGGUCAGCCAGCUCAGUUGUUAAACUAGAUUUUGUAGAAGUCGUGUUGUUUUGACGUCCCUCCACACAGUGCCCUUCUUUGACCAGCAUCAUGGUAACUUCACUCGUUUUGUUAAAGGGGUUUUGCAUAAUCCUUUUAAUUGUGUCACAUUCUGAUCUUUUGAUAUUGUAAGAAGGUAUCCAGUGUCUCAAUGUUUAGGACAGAAUCAAGUCUUGUGUCUCAUGUGAACAGUUUUUCAGAAUUGCCACGUAGCACUGGGGAUGCCACGUUUGAGCCUUUGUGAUAACAAACACUGAGAUUCUGCAUUCAUCAUAUGGAUCCCAGUGCUUUUCUGAAUAUUUACUGAGUAUUGUAUUCUGAGUGGUUGGAUAGAUGUUCAGUGUCAAUAAAGCAAAACCAUGUUGCAGUAAGACUGCUACUUUAUCAAGAUUGUUCUUUGUCUUGGGUACUGUUGUCUGUUGCUUAGCAACAUGCGUGGAGAACAUAGUUACUGUUUAUAGGACCACCUCCUUGUCACCAUGCUUACCAGUAAUAGGGGCAUCCAGUAAUGACUGCCUUAUGUUCUCAGUGUGUCGUAGGUUCCUAGGUAAUGGUGAAUGUUGAAGCCUUCUGGCGAUCACUCUCUCCCUCUGGGAUGGCAAAUCAUUUUAUUGUGACAUGAAUUAAUCUAACUAAUUUAUAAGUAAAGUGUUUUCUAACUGA